AAGCCCUCGAAGCAAUGGCCUGUCCAAACGCCUCUUCGCCCACUGAGCCCUCCAAGCAUGAUGUGGGCUGGCGGAGAGUCGUCCGUCACUUUACACCUUCGUAUGGUCAUGCCCACACGGCUUCUUUGAAUCGCAAUGGCUGGCUAACAUAGGCCCAGUUGGUUCUCGGUCACCAUGGGCACCGGAAUCGUGUCCAUUCUCCUGAAUACUCUGCCCUACAAUGGCCCAUGGCUCUACUGGAUCUCGGUCGUGGUUUUUGGCCUGAAUAUCCUCCUCUUUGCAACCGGAUGCAUCAUCAGCCUGCUACGCUAUACGCUUUAUCCGGAGAUCUUCUUCGCCAUGAUCAAACACCCUGUGCAGUCGAUGUUCAUCGGCACCUUUCCGAUGGGAUUUGCAACCAUCAUCAACAUGUUCUGCUUCGUCUGCGUCCCAGCUUGGGGCGAAUGGAGCAGGAAUUUGGCUUGGGGGAUGUGGAUCUUCGAUGCGGUCUUCUCCGUGAUCACCGCGUUGUCGUUACCGUUUCUGCUAAUGGCGCAUGGGAGCGAGACACAGCUCUCUUCCAUGACUGCGGUGUGGCUGCUCCCCAUCGUCAGCUGCAUUGUUGCCGCGUCUUCGGGCGCCAUCGUAGCCGACGUGCUCCCCAACCCGCAGCACGCCCUGUGGACGGUCAUUGUGAGCUACAUCCUUUGGGGCAUUGGGCUGCCUCUUGCGUUGAUGGUGAUGGUGAUCUACCUCCAGCGACUCACGCUGCACAAACUACCUCCCAAGGCAGUGAUUGUGAGCGUGUUCCUACCGCUGGGGCCCCUGGGUCAGGGCGGAUACAGCAUCAUGAAAUUGGGUGGCGCGGCGCAGACGAUUUUCCCGCAGACGCAAACACUGGAAUCCGGGUCCGGCGCGGUCUUCCACACGAUCGGGUUCAUGGCGGGCCUCAUCCUCUGGUCUUUCGGUCUGGUGUGGCUCUUCUUCGCGAUUGCGUCGAUCGCGCGAUGCCGGAGUUUUCCCUUCAACAUCGGCUGGUGGGGAUUCACCUUUCCGCUGGGGGUGUUUGCGACGUGUACCUGUCAGUUGGGGAAGGAGUUGGCGUCUGAGGUCUUUCGCGUAUUGGAUACUCUCGCUCUGUGUAGUGGUGUUGUGGGGGGUGGUGGGCGUAGGUACAUUGCAAGGAGUCGUGUCGGGCCGAUUGUUCUUUGCGCCUUGUUUGGCCGACUUGAAGGCACGAGAGGAGGACCGCGGGGAAGCGGAUGGAUCAAAAAGGGCUUGAGGUUUUUUUCUUCUAUCUGGAGGAGGACAACGAGGUAUGAAGUGCUGCAGACAAAAAGCUUCAGGGAUAGUUACAGCAUCCACAUGGCGAAGGGAGUGUUUGGUAGUAAGGAAUGGGGACCCAGAGACGCUCGGACAAGCUCAUGCUCUUUAUACGAAGUACUCUUUGUUGAGUGA